AUGCCUAUCGAAGUAUCACAUUCAUCUCAUGAUAUUAUUGAUUUAACUCGUCUUCGUUGGCGAUUUGUGAUAUGUGCUGCUUCAUUCUAUGUUAAUGCUAUUACCUGGGGUUUUAUUUCUUCAACUGGAAUUUUCGAAGAUGCAUUCAAAAAUACUUAUAAAUUAUCAUCAUUUAAAUCGACUCUUCCAGGUUCUAUACAAAUUGCCACUAUGUCUGCAUUCAGUGUAUUUGCCAGUGUAUUGGCAAUUAAGUACGGUGUUCGACGGACAACAGUAUCAGGUGCUUUUAUUUCAGCUAUUGGUUCGAUAUUAGCAGCCGUUAUUGGAGAUUAUUGGGCUUAUUGUUUAUUCUAUGGAAUUCUUAUUGGGGCUGGUGAAGCUUUUAUGCUUGUACCUGCCGUUUUAGCCAUUCCAUCUUACUUUCACUUUAAUCGUGUUUCAUUAGCAACUGCUUCAGCUGUAAGUGGUGCAUCGAUUGGAAUGUUUGGAAUUCCAUUGUUACUUCAACAUCUUCUUGAUUCAUAUGGUCUUCGUGGAGCAACACUUUUAGGAAGUUGUUUAUGGUUAAGCGUUGGUCUUGCUGGUUCUCUGUUUGGUCAAGGUAUAAUAAGUAUUGAAGAAGAAAAUACUGAAAUACUUCCAGAUGAAUCUUUUGUUACGAAGACAGAACAUGAAAGAGAACAUUCGAUGGUUAUG